AUGGCGCUCGCCACCUCCCACCACCGCCUCGUCAACGCCGCCGCCGCGGUCGCGGGCGCUGUCGCUGCCCCGCGGGGUUCCCUCCGCUUCGGCGGCCCCAGGACUCCUCCCCGGAGGAUUUGUUGCCUAUCUGUCAACUCAGCUAAUGUGUUGGGAGCUUCUUCAGCGACAGCUGAUGAUCCAGUUCCACAGCCAGUUGUACUGAUAGACCAAGACUCAGACCGUGAUGCAACCAUUGUGCAGCUAAGUUUUGGAGAUCGUUUGGGGGCACUACUUGAUACGAUGAAGGCACUCAAGGACCUGGGCCUUGAUGUGACGAAAGGAAGUGUGUCGACUGAUUCAUCUGUCACACAAACAAAGUUCCACAUCAUGCGAUUGGGGCGUAAGGUUGAGGAUCCAGACAUGUUAGAAACAAUACGGCUGACCAUCAUUAACAACCUUCUGCAGUAUCAUCCUGAAUCAAGUGAGAAGCUAGCUAUGGGUGAAUUUUUUGGAAUAAAAGCCCCUGAGAAUAAGAUUGAUGUUGAGGUUGCAACACAUGUCAUUGUUGAAGAUGAUGGACCGAAAAGAAGCAUGCUUUACAUAGAGACAGCUGAUCGUCCAGGCUUACUCUUGGAAGUAAUCAAGAUCAUCACGGACGUAAACUGUGAUGUGGAAUCAGCUGAGAUUGACACUGAGGGCUUGGUUGCCAAGGACAAGUUUCAUGUGAGUUACAGAGGCGCAAAACUAAACAGCUCGCUAUCUCAGGUGCUGGUUAAUUGCUUACGUUAUUACCUCCGGAGGCCUGACACAGAUGAAGACAGCUAUUGAUUGCUGUGUGGUACACGGGCUCCAAGCUACAUGCUUCGAACUCGGGCUUGUCUCGAGUUCCUGUCUUUGAAGCCCUUGCUCUGGAAUUUCUGUUUGUAAGCAAACAAAAAUGUGGCACAUAUGUUCCCAAAAUGCAUUAAAACUGGGCCCUCUGAUGCAGUUCGAUGUUUUGUUGUCGAACCUCUGGCCCCUGGGAGCUUUCAGUAGCCAUUAUCCCCAUUGGUUUCCUACCCUAGAGGAAUCAAUCAUAUUGGAUAGCAUAUUUGCGUGCUGAGUGUGUGUCUGUAAUUCAUCAUAGUAUAAUUCAUGUGCAUGUAAAAAACCAGGUUUACGUGCGUGAAGAUCUUGGUCUUGCUUCA